UUGUUGAAUUGACUUCUGCGUAAGAGAUGUGUUGUGACAUUAUUUCUUUUACUAUAAAUACCAUUUGCCGGUAAUCUUACUGCUUUUAUAUAGACAUGUUUAAGCAUUGUCAAAAAUUAUUGAAAACAUCUAAUGCAUUGUUUAACUUGAAUUUCCUCCAAGUACAGUCACAAAGAUUACAUUCAAAAGGGGUCACAGUGGGCAUAUGGAGAUCAUACAGCACCAAAAGUAGAAAAUCUGAGAAUAUAUCUUUAAUUGAUUUUCCACCUGAGAGAAUAAGAAAUUUCUGCAUUAUUGCUCACAUUGACCAUGGAAAAAGUACCUUGGCAGAUAGGAUGCUGGAAAUCACAGGUGUGAUACCUGAGAACCAGAAGAAUGAGCAGGUAUUGGACAAACUACAGGUGGAGAGGGAGCGUGGAAUCACGGUCAAGGCUCAGUCAGCCAGUCUCUUUUAUGAUGUGGAAGGUCUCACCUACCUCCUCAAUCUUGUGGACACCCCAGGUCAUGUAGAUUUCAGCUACGAGGUUUCCAGAUCACUUUCUGCAUGCCAAGGAGUUAUUCUCUUAGUAGAUGCUAACCAGGGAGUGCAGGCUCAAACAGUGGCCAACAUGUACCUGGCAAUAGAAGCAGGACUAGAACUCAUACCAGUAUUAAACAAAAUAGACUUAAAGGGAGCUAACCCAGAGGUGGUUUCUAAACAAAUUCAAAAUCUUUAUCCUGUCACUGAUGAGGAAAUUCUAAAGAUUUCAGCAAAAUUGGGAAUUGGCGUGGCUGAAGUUUUAGAAGCUGUGAUAAAGAGAAUACCCCCCCCACCAGCUGAUCAGAAAAAGCCCUUUAAGGCUUUAGUGUAUGACUCUUGGUUUGAUAAGUUUAAAGGAAUUAUAUGUAAUGUAGCAGUCAAGGAUGGAGUUGUUAUGAAAGGUGAUAAAGUAACAUUCCAUCAUGCUCAGAAAAGCUUUGACAUUCAGGAAGUUGGAAUUCUUCAUCCAGAGCAAACUCCUACAAAUAUACUGUUAGCAGGACAGGCCGGUUAUGUGAUUGCCAAUGUAAAAAGUAGCACAGGAACACUUGUUGGUGACACAAUGUAUCAUAAAUCCACUCCUGUAGAUCCACUCCCAGGUUUCAGGCCAGCUAAACCUAUGGUAUUUGCAGGAAUUUAUCCAAUAGAUCAGUCACAAUACAUAAAGUUACGGGAAUCCAUCACUAAGCUCACAUUUAAUGAUUCCAGUGUCAGUGUGGCCCAGGACUCUAGUGCUGCCCUUGGGGUGGGAUGGCGCCUUGGGUUUUUAGGCCUCCUUCAUAUGGAUGUGUUCAAAAUGAGGCUGGAACAGGAGUUUGAUGCUAGUGUUAUAAUAACAGCUCCAAAUAUACCUUACAAAGUUCGUAUAAUAGGUGCUAAAAAUAUAAAGAAAUAUAAAGGUGAAGAAGUUGUGGUCCUCAAUCCAUGCAAGCUUCCAGAUCAAACAAUUAUUUCUCAGUACUUUGAACCAAUGGUGCGAGCCACUAUAGUUUAUCCUGAUGUUUACAUUGGAGAAGUCCAGGCAUUAAUAUCGGACAGAAGAGGUCGGACAGAAGACCAGACUUAUUUAGACAAUUCUCGAGUCAUGCUCAAAGUUAUAUUUCCUCUUAAUGAGAUUCUCAUUAACUUCUUUGAUGAAUUAAAGUCUGUAACAAAAGGAUAUGCUAGUUUUGAUUAUGAGGACUAUGGGUAUGAAGAAACUAAUUUGAGCAAGGUUAGUUUUAAUAUUAACAAUGUUGACGUAGAAGAGAUGACCCUCCUGUGCCAUUCCUCUAAUGCCCAAAAAAUGUGUCGGAAAAUCUGCGCUCGUCUACAGGAAGCAGUUCCUAGGCAACAAUAUAAAGUUCAGAUCAAAGGUCAAGUGAACAAUAAGCAUAUCUGUACUGAAGUGGUGAACCCAUAUAGAAAGGAUGUUACUGCAAAAUUGUAUGGAGGUGAUGUGACAAGGAGAAAUAAACUGCUAGCUAAACAGGCCGAGGGCAAAAAGAAGCUGAGGAGUCUGGGAAACAUACAAGUGCCAAAAGAUGUAUUUAUCAAGGUUCUAACACAAAAAUAAACUGUUCAUAUUUG